AACACGUAUUUUAUCGGCCAAAGGAAUAUCGAAGUUUAGAAAACAAGUGAAGUACAUAAAUACAUACAUAUUUUAUAGAAACCAAAACAAAGGACCUCUAAACGAACGAAAGUGUCGCGUAGCAGAGAAAAAAGUUUAUUUUCACAGAAGUUCAGAUUAUUAGAAAAAACAAAUACAUAUGUACCAGAAGCGUCGAUCCAACCCCGCACAAAACUUUUUUAAAAUUACAUAUACUGAUGGGGAUCAUAAGCUGAACUAUUAUAUGUGGUAUCCACCGCUAAGUUAUGAGGGUUUGAUAAAUGGACUCUACGCGCGUCUUUUCGAGGAGAGGAAGUUGCCAAAGUGUGAACUAAGAAUCUACUGGCUUGAUGAAGAUUCUGAUCAAAUCGAUGUUCUCAGUGAAGAUGAUUACAAUCUGUUCCUACAAAAAAAUGGUGCGAAAGACCACCUUUUUGUCGUACCAAAAGCUGUAAAAAAGGAAGAAACACACGAAAAGAAAGCUGAACACGCUGAUGUUUCUAGUGAACAGCCCAAAACCAAUGGCCAGCCAACAGCCAAGCAAUAAAUAAAUUAGCAAAGGCUGCACACUUAGAACCUAGUAUUUCUAGUAUUUUCUUACUUUGCUCUGUUUAAGUCACUUAAAUCUAAACUGCGCUUCUGCAUCCACUCGCUUUCGGCAUUGAACCGGUAAAUCUGCACCAACAAAAACCAUUGGAAUCUAGGAAAAGUGUUCAUUUCCGUUUUAAUAAUGAACUAUCACAGAAGUUAUUAAUUCUUUCUUUCUUUCAACAUAAAAAUGUUUUGCGUACACUGAAAUAUUUUGAACAAUUUUGAAUUCAUGUAUUUAUGUAUAUUUUUAGGUUUUAUUUAUGUAUGUGUUCUACAAAAGCAUACGAGUAUAUACUUCAUGUAUGUAGUUUCCGUAAAUUCAUAUUACAACUAUGUUUUACUCUUAUAAUAUGUAUGUAUGUGUAUGUAUACACAAAUGGUCUAUAAUAGUAAUUGGAAAAUCAUCUAUGUAUGUACAUAUGUGUGGUAGCG